AUGACUGUUAAGGAUGGUGCUCGUUUUGAUUUUGUCGUUGUCGGGGGCGGUACUGCGGGCAAUGUUGUUGCAAGCCGCCUUGCCGAAAAACCCGAUGUCACCGUUCUGGUAGUUGAAGCUGGCGUGGGUAACUCCCAUGAGAUCGACGAGAUUACGACCCCCGCGGAGGCGAUGGAACUCCGCAACAGCAAGUAUGACUGGGGCUACAAGACUACAAUGGUCAAGCGCGACGACUAUGAGCGAGUCGAAAAGCCGAAUACCCGUGGCAAAGCUCUUGGGGGCAGCUCCUCGCUCAACUAUUUCACCUGGGUCCCUGGCUGCAAGCCGACCUUUGAUUUGUGGGCUGAAUAUGGAGGCAAGGAGUGGACCUGGGAUCACCUUGUUCCCUAUCUUCGAAAGAGUGCUACGUACCACGAUGACGAAAAAUUGUACCCUGAUGAACUUAAGAAGAUCGGUGCAGGCGGCCCUAUCCCUAUCUCUCAUUCUGAGCUUAUCCCAGAGAUGGCUCCUUUCCGUGAUCUCCUCACGGAAGCCUGGAAGUCCACAGGCCAGCCGAUCACCGAAAAUAUCUUCGAUGGCAAAAUGAAUGGCCUGACCCAUAGUGUCAAUACGAUCUACAAAGGUCAGCGCUCUGGCAGCUUUUUAUGCCUCAAAAACAAGCCAAAUGUUACUGUCGUCCCUGAGGUUCACUCAAAGUGUCUUAUCAUCGAUGAUGCCGACCGCACCUGCAAGGGCGUCACUGUGAUCACUACUACUGGAAAAGAACUCAACUUUUAUGCUACUCGUGAAGUCAUCGUCUCUGAGGGCGUCUUUGAGAGCCCUAAGCUAUUGAUGCUUAGCGGUAUUGGUCCUGCGCGGGAACUAGCCCAGCAUGGCAUUGAUGUGAUUGUCGACUCUCGCCACGUCGGCCAGCACCUACUUGAUCACCCUGGUGUGCCCUUUGUUAUACGUGUUAAGGAUGGGUACUGUAUGGACGAUCAUAUCUUGCGCCAGGGUCCUAAGCGCCAAAAAGCCGUAUCGACUUAUAAAAAGAACCACGGCGGGCCUAUGGGAUCUGGUUUCCUAGAGAUGGUGGGAUUCCCUCGCAUCGACCAGUACUUAGAAAAGGUCCCCGACUAUCAAAAGGCAAAGGCUGCUAACGGUGGCAUCGAUCCCUUCUCGCCAUAUGGCCAGCCACAUUUCGAGCUCGAUUUUGUCUGUAUGUUCGGUAGUGCCUUCCAGUGGCACUACCCGACUCCUAAGAAGGGCGAUCACAUUACUGUGAUGGUCGACCUUGUCCGACCAGUAUCUGAUGGCGGCGAGGUGAAACUUAACAGUGCCGACCCCCUCGAGCAGGCCAACAUCAACCUGAAUUACUUCAAUAACGACCUAGACAUCAUUGCGAUUCGUGAGGGGAUUAGGUAUAGCUAUGACGUUCUCAAGAAUGGGAAAGGCUUCAAGGAUAUCAUCGUCGACGAAUACCCGUGGGAGAUGCCAUUGGACUCUGAUGAUUUGAUGAAAAGGACUGUGUUGGACCGUUCUCAGACUUCAUUCCAUCCUUGUGGCACUACGCGCUUGUCGAAGAACAUUGACCAAGGCGUAGUGGACCCCAGUCUCAAAGUUCACGGUAUCAAGAAUCUGCGUGUUGCAGACGCUUCUGUCAUCCCUGUUAUUCCUGAUUGCCGUAUCCAGAAUUCGGUCUACAUGAUAGGUGAAAAGGGCGCGGACUUGAUCAAGCAUGAUCAUAAGGAUCUGUUCGUCCAUUGA